UUGUGUUGCAGUCGUCGUCGCGGCAACUGUACUGCGGACGCGCGUCGCGUUACUGGUUUCGUGAUCACACCAAGUGCAGUGCUACACGGAAAUGAUACGCUAGUGAACGUAAAAACACAUUAUAAUGGCAUUAAAAAAGGAUUUCGACAUCCCUGUAAGUGUUUUCAAGCAAAUAAAACUACCCAAAACGGUGAAAAUACAAAAGGCGUUCGAGAAACUGUUCAAAAAGAAUAACUAUACGAAAAUAGUGCAAAGUUAAAUAGCCGCUUGUUUCUAUUCAGUGUAAAUAAAUGGCCGGUGAAGUUAGUGAAUUUCGUAGAAGUAGUACACCGAAAUUUAUUGAUACCGAGACGGAAUUUGUUGGUAAGGGGAUAGUUAAGCCGAGGAGUCGGAGCAAGAGUGGUAAUAGGUUGGCCAGCGCGUUGAGUGUAUCGGAUGAUAGUUUUUACAAGGAUUUAGAGGACUACGUGCAAGAGAUGGCGAGUUCGCGGGACACUACCAUGGAGGGGGAUGAUGUGUGGACGCAGUUGCAGCAGAAGGAGUCGGACCUGCUUCUGGCGGCGGAGCUGGGGAAAGCCUUGUUGGAGAAGAACGAAGAGCUGAAGAAGGAGCAAGAGAAAGCCGCUGAGGAGUUCUCCAAAAAACUCGAGGAAUUGGAGCAAGAGAAGCACCUGCUGCGGCGGCGGCUGGACACCAAUCAGGGGGAGUACGAGGCGAGGAUCCUGGAGCUGCAGAAUGACAUCAAAGAGUUGAGCGCAAAAAUUGACUACAGGGACACUUCAGUUAAACAGAGGGAUGAAGAAAAAGCUAAUCUCAUAGCGGAGCUGACAGCCCAAAACUCCCGUCUCACAACACAGCUGAAGGAGUCGUCAGCUACCGAAGCGCAAUUGCUGGCUCAGCUGGAAGGCUUGAAGGACCAGUGCUCUAUACGGAUGACCAGUUUGAAGGAUCACGUGCAAAGUCUAGACUCAUUAAAAUCCGAGCUAGCACUAGUAACAGACAAGAAAGUAGACCUGGAGAGACGGCUGACCAGCUCACUACGGGACAAGGAUAACCUGGCUCAGCAGCUGGAGGAGGCCAAUGACAGAAUUGCAGCUCUUGAGAGACAGUUGAAGGAACAGGAACACCUCUAUCAAAACACGCUCAAAGAGCUCAAUCGCCUCCAGCGCUCUCACGACACCUUAGCCGAAAGGAUCGGUGCUCCAGAGCCGGUGGAGACCAAGGCGGUGCGCUCCCUCCACUCCGAGAUGGAAACCGAGCCGGAGGAGGAGGGCUGGCUGAGGAACGAGGCUGUGCAGGUGUUCAAGCAGUUGCGGGCGCUCGCGUUGCAGCUGAAUACCGGCCAUGAUGAUGAUUCUGGUCUCCACUCCGACCUGUCGAUCUCCUCGCUGGACGGAGACGAAGGCGAGACGCUGCGGCGGGGUGCGCUCGCGGCGGCGUGCGCGGACGCAGUGGCCGCGUACGCCACGCUCGAGGGCUCGCGGGUGCGCGACUCGAUCGCCGCGCAUGCGCGCCGCGCCAUGGAGCGAGAGAGACAGAUAGACGAGAAGAACGAGAUGAUUGCUGAUCUGUCGUCUAAGCUAUCAGUAGCGGAAGUGGAGCUACGUGCAGCUGCUGAGGAGCGCGACAAGCUGCUGAACGACGCCAACUACACGAGCCUGCAGAACGACGAGGCGGUGGCGCGCGCGCGGCACGAGCGGGACGACGCCAUCGAGAGGAAGAAGGCCGCUGAGGUGUCCCUCGCGAAGACCCGCGUAGAACUGAUGCAGGCCAACAGCCAGCUGUACGAAGCCGUGCGACAGAAGAUCGACCUUGGCCAGCAGCUCGAGCAGUGGCAGAUGGACAUGCAAGAGCUGAUCGAGGAGCAGAUGAAGCACAAGCUGAUAUCGGAGAAGCGGCGCAAGCUGCCCGCCGCCGCGCCGCCGCCCGCCGCGCGCGCCGGCCGCGCCAGCCGCCUGCUCGGCCUCUUCCACCGGUGAUGCGCCCCCCCCCCCGCCCCUAGCCGCCGUGCGGGCUCGCCUCGCGCUAUACAGGGUGCGCGUGCGCGUGCGCUCAGGGUACAGGAUGUCGCAUGUGUUGUGUGCUCAGGAAUGGCGUGUGGUUUUUCGUGCGCUGAUUACGGGGAAGAUAACAUACAAAUUUUUAAAACUGUGUACACCCUUGAUUGAUAACGUGACGACCUUUGCCGGCGCGCGCGAAAAGGAAAUCUAAGUUUAUCAUCGUAAUUUUAUUGUGUAAGUUUUUUUACGCAAUCAGUGCACACAAAACUAUAUGUUCCAUUGGGUAUACCGACCACAGGCGGGACCUGGAUAUGCGUAUUUACAAUAAUUUGAACUUCAUCGAUGACUGCAAAGAGAACGCCCUGUAUAUGUGCAUACUCGAUAUACAAUAUAUGCGACUUUACAAUAAUUUGAACAUGCUGUAUAAAAAUUCACUCACUUCUCCGCCCUUUAUCAUCUGUUAUUACAAAGAGAACGACCUGUAUAAAUGUAUCUGUAAACAUUCGUCUUAAUUUUUGUAUACAAGAUUUACAUCUAUCAAUGCAUAUAGCAUGUUCUAUUGUAAAUUAUUAUUAUUACACUCUUUGCGUUAUAUCUCUACAUAUCCUUACAAAUUUUUACUUGUAUUGAAAAAUAAAUGUAAAACAUACCGAAUUUUUAAAAGCCAGCUCUGAGUGUUGUCAAAUAUUAAUAUAAAAUUAAUUCAAACUAUAUACAUUACCAAUGACUCAUAAUAAAAUAGUCUGAUAUUCGAAAAUGAAUCAUAAUAACGCAAAAUAUUUUUUAAUAAUAAGAAAAAAAAAAUCUGUUAUAUAAUUAUUAUGAAUAUUGUAAAUACAUUUUUAAACUUUUGCCUGUUUAUCGAAUAUUAAUAUCGAGUCAUAAUAAAAUGUUUGACAGCUAUCAAAAGAGUGCUGAUUUUUUUUUUUCCUUUAUGGCAAGAGUGCUGAUUUAUAAAUUCCCACCAUAAUUUACAAAUAUUCUUUACUUUUUCCAAAAAAAUUAUAAUAUCGAAGUAUGCUCAUUCACAGUGAUAAUGUUAUCAUUAUUAUAAUUAAUUUUUAUCUUUUAAGCACAUAGUUAAUGAAUUGUGCAAUAGCACUUGUGUCGAUUUAUUUAUAUCAAAAUAUUUUAUAGUUUAUGACGGUACAACAUAUUCCGAAUUCGAAUGUACAUUUACAUAACGAAACGAACGACUCAUUUAUCUUAGCCGACUUCUUAAAAGGCGGUUUUAUGUUUCACUUUAUUUUCAUCAAUGAUCGCGUCGGCCAUUUUGUUAACAGAUUCUAACCGUCCAUUUUAUGUAAAUAACACAUAGGUGUAACACAACCAUAUGUAUACUGCAAUGCACUUUGGAUUUUUAGAAUAGAUUAGAUAUUACAGGCAUAGGGUAUAGCUUUUUAUUUAGUUUCUAUUACUUAUUUCGGAACUCGGCAUUUUUAUGUAUUAAUUUUUAUCAAGAUGAAUACAUCAAAUGGAUCAAAAUUCAAAAAAAGUUUAGUAAAAUAAUAUUAACUUCUGAAUUCACUAUGCCCAGAUAGAGAACUAAAUAAAAACCAAUAUCCAAAUGCCAUCACAUUAUCAUUUAAUAGCCAUAUUAUUAAUAGAAACGAUCUGCUACAAUGCGAAUAACUUUAACAUAAGUAACAAAAAAACAAGACGUGCCUUAGCCGUGAGAGAUGCAAUUUAGAAAAUUGUUAUAAAUAAUAAAUCACGCCUUUCUGUGCCUUAAUUAUUAUUUGUCAAUUUGGCCCUAUUGUAGCUUAUGUUAAGAAGCACUAAUUUAAAUUUAUCGUGGAGUUUACUUUGAAAAGUACUUAAUUCGUAGUUUUAUUUUAAAAAGGUACUAUUUACUGUAGGAAACGAGUUUUGAUGUUUUAUUCUAACACAUUGCGAGUAGUUUUAACGUCAUUGAGUUGCACUUAUUGUUGUAAUUUCAAUAUAUAAUAAAAUCUGUUGAUGAAUUGAGUAAUAUUGUUGAAAAUUUGACAAAAAAUAUGAAAUGUGUUGGAUUAAAUUGAAGUUUUUGGAUGGGUUCGAUAAAAAAAUCACAUGUUUUGUUGCAUAUUGCAUAAUUACAAACGACAAAGUAUCCUCAAUUAUAUACAAUAAACAGAUUUAAUAAUACUAAUUGGAAUAAAAUGUGCUUCAUAAAUACAGUGCAACUAAAUGAAAUUGGUCAUAAUAUCAGCAAUGUGGUAUAGAAGACAAGUGUUUUAAAUGUAAGCAGCCUUAAAUGUGCCCUCUCUAUCUAUAUUUCUAUCAAGAGUAAUAAAGACAACUAUAUAAAAACAAAAUUUAUAAUACUCUUGAACAUUAGAACCCUAUUUAUGCUUUAAAAUGAGCUUUCUUUUAAUUCUCGGAGAUUAUUAUUGUAUUUGAUAUACGUUUUUGUCGUAGCGGAUUUUAGAAUGAUAAAUAAUUUUGCAUUAUCUUAAUCGUAACAGUAUUUGUAUAGUUUUUCUUUAUUUUACAACAAAUAUAUCGCUCUAUUUUUGAAAGUACAAAAAUGCAUGUUGGCGAUAUUGUAUUGUGAAUUAGUAAUAAUCACAAUGAAAAUAGUUGUAAUUUUUUAUAAGGAAUGAUAAAUAUUGAAUAUUAUGCCUAUUCCUUUCCAUUUGACAGUUACAAUCUUAUAUUUUAUCUAUGUUCUUUUCAUAACAGAUUAUAAAACUUCUUAUUCCUUUUACAUUCCACGCUACUUAAUCUUAAUUAAUUUUAAUUUCAACUAUAAUAAUGCUUAUUAUUUUUAUAAUUUAUUUUUAAGACUGAAUUGUAAACAGGUUCAUAAUAUGUGAAAUGCAAUAUAAUUUAUUAUGUAUGAUAGUUUUAUGUAUAAUUCUAUAUUUUUGCACAAAUGUGUGUUCUGUAUUUUAUAGUCAUUUCUUUUAAGGUUUAUUUUGCUGUCUUUAUAAAUUUUCGUUUCUAUUUUAGUACAUCUGUUUUCUUUACUUUUCAUUAAACUCGACUUAUCUUUAAUAAUGAAGGUUUGAUUCAAAUAGGUUUAGAAAAACACAUGUACUUACGUUAAAUAAUAACGAUUUCGUAAGAUUUUACAUUGGUAAAGUGAAAUACAAUAAUGUACCAAUAUUACACAACGAAAUUGAUAACUUUUCUUGGUUAUGGUGACUUAAUUGUUUUAUAAUAAUACUCAAAAUAUUCUACCUUUAAUAUAUAGUAAUAAUAGAAAAGUUUCAUAUAAAUUUAACAAGGAAAGAUUUAAAAAUAUUCACAAUCAUGGCUUAUUGAAAUCGUUAUUAUAACCGUAGGUGCGUCAAGGGAAUAUUAUAAAAAAACAUUUAUUUUCAAUCAACCGAAACAACCAUUUUCUUAAAUAAUAAAAAAAAAAAUACAUUGGAUCCCUUCUAUUUUCAAUUUGUAUUAGCUAUUUCUUUUCAUUUUUUUUGCCGCCAUCUUGUAGACGUUUGUUUUAACAUAACUUGCAAUAUAUUAUAGAAAAAUGUUAGUAAAUAAAUCAUGAAAUUUUAAUUUCUAACAUCGUACUUAUAGAUACUAAGUACUUAAAAUAGAUCUACUGUGACUAGUUUUAUUUACAACUAUGUAUUAUGUGAAAUAAUGAAUAAAUAAUGAAUUGAA